GCAUGCUCACACUCGGGCAUGACGCGCCUGUAUACGGACGCGGUCGAGUGUCCGAGGUGCGGCCGGCCCUGCGACAUGGGCUACCUCCUCCGGUGCGUGAUGGACCGAGACGCCAUCAUCAUGAACGCAAAGGAGAAGGGAUUCCCGGUCUCUUUCGACGAGGUCGGCGAGACCUUCGAGGACCAGAUGUCGCUCGGCAAGCACGGCGCCGACGCCCGCAGCGACCGGUACAGCGUGCUGCGCGAGAUGACCGCCGAGCAGCUGCACACGUACACCCCGGAGCAGCUGAUCACGGUGAUGCAACAGCGCGAGAGCGUGCACGCGGCGAUUACCAAAGACCGGAGCAACGUCUCGGGGGCGGCCCGCCGCAAGUUCCCCGACGACGCUAAGCCGUGGGUGCCGGAUAGCCGGUACGAGUGCCAGUUCAAGGCGUGCCUGGGCUGCUUUCGCCAGGGCAUCGACAAGAGCAAGACCGGCAUCGACGCCAUUGUAGAGGGCGACAUCUCGCCGGGCUUGGCCACGGGCUUUGCCUUCUCCCAGCUGGGAGAGCGGCCAGUCAUGGAUGCCAGAGUCGUGGCAAACCUGGGC